UUCUGAGUGGCAGGUCUACGUCAUCAACAAAUGAAAGAUAACAUGUGAGAGUGAAUGAUUAAUCUUUUUCAUCUUAGGAGGAAAAUUAGAUCCUGCUCAACGUUCAUUUUUCCAUUUCAUUUUCGCGAAACCUUUUAACUAAACAAAAUGUCGGAAAAGCAAAGAACUAGUCCUAUUAAAAACUUUUUAGCUGGAGGAGUUGGUGGUAUUUGUUGUGUUGCAGCUGGACACCCAUUAGAUACAAUUAAAGUUCGUUUACAAACUAUGCCAAAGCCUGCUCCUGGUGCGCUCCCAUUAUACACGGGUACUUUUGACUGUGCUAAAAAGACAGUGAUGAAAGAGGGUUUUUUUGGCCUCUAUAAAGGCAUGGCUGCUCCUAUAACUGGAGUGACACCCAUGUUUGCUGUAUGUUUCUUUGGUUUUGGAGUGGGAAAAAGACUUCAGCAAAAACAUCCUGAAGAACAACUGACAUUGAUACAACUUUUCAAUGCCGGAAUGUUAUCGGGUGUGUUUACAACAGCAAUUAUGACUCCUGGAGAACGAAUAAAGUGUCUUUUACAAGUUCAGCAGGCUACUGGUUCUGCUGCUGAGGCUAAAUAUGCUGGACCUGUAGAUUGUGUUAAGAAACUGUAUAAAGAGGGAGGAAUUCGAAGUAUUUAUAAAGGGACAGCUGCAACUCUUUUAAGAGAUGUGCCUGCUAGUGGGAUGUAUUUUAUGUCUUAUGAGUGGCUACAGAAUGUCUUAACUCCAGCAGGUCAAAGCCGAAACGAUCUUAGUGUAUGGAGAACACUUUUUGCUGGAGGAAUUGCUGGUAUAUGUAAUUGGUCUGUUGCUAUUCCUGCAGAUGUAUUGAAGUCACGCUUACAAACUGCUCCUGAAGGCACUUAUCCAAAUGGAAUACGUGAUGUAUUUAAGCACACCAUGAAAGAGGAAGGAAUUCGAGCCUUAUACAAGGGUGCUACUCCUGUAAUGUUGAGAGCUUUCCCGGCCAAUGCAGCUUGUUUUAUGGGAUAUGAACUUGCUAUGAAAUUCCUAAAUUGGAUUGCUCCAAACCUUUGAUGUUUGCAAUAUUUCAUCCCUAGAAUUCCAAUGCCUUAGGAAAUAUAGAUUUGCAUUAUUUAAAUAUUUCUAUUCAAUUUUAGUGCCUUGUAACUUGAUAAAGUUGCCAAUUGCAUUAUAUAUAUAUACAAACCAUAACUUUAUACCUUUUCAGCACAUGGAAUUUUAGUAAUGCAUAUUGUAUAUGCAAUUUUGUAAUUGCAAUGGGUUUUAAUCUGAGAAAAUAUUCCUAUCAAGAUAUUGUUUUGUUUAUCUUGUAUUUAUAAUAUAUAUUUAUUGAGAA